UCUGUAGUUUAUUUGUUUUUUUUUUUUUGCUCUUUCGUCUGCUUGCGAGAAGAAUUUGAGAACUGAAACCCAGUCGCGGCUGUAGUCGCUGCCACGGCAUCAAAUCUCUGACAGCAUGUCGCCAGGACAUCAGAUAAUCGGAGCAAUCCAACUACUUCUACUACUACUUUGCAGCCUGCUGCUGCCCACUCCGAGCAUGACCAGCCUGCUGAAGACUGAAACGGAUGACUUUAUUGACUGGUGGCAGCAUGCUGUCUUCUAUCAGAUCUAUCCCAGAUCCUUUAAGGACAGCAAUGGUGAUGGCAUCGGUGAUUUGCAGGGCAUCAUCUCGAAGCUGCCGUAUCUGGCCGAAACUGGCAUUACGGCUACCUGGCUAAGUCCAAUUUUUCAAUCACCCAUGGUAGACUUUGGCUAUGAUAUAUCCGACUUUAAAUCUAUACAAUCGGAAUAUGGCAGCAUGUCUGACUUUGAGGAGCUGGUGCACACAGCCGCGCGACUGGGCAUCAAAAUCAUCCUGGACUUUGUGCCCAAUCACAGCUCCAAUCAGCACGAAUGGUUCAAGAAGUCAGCUGCUCGGGCGGCAGGCUUCGAGGAUUACUAUGUGUGGGCAGAUGGGCAGCUGGAUGAGCUGGGUGUUCGCCAGCCGCCAAACAAUUGGCAAUCGGUAUUCUAUGGCUCUGCCUGGGAGUGGAACGAGCAACGCAAGCAAUACUAUCUGCAUCAGUUCACCAAGGAGCAGCCGGAUCUGAACUUUCGUAAUCCCGUCGUGGUGCAGGCAAUGGAUGAGGUGCUGCUCUUCUGGCUGAACAAAGGCGUCGCUGGCUUUCGCAUUGAUGCAGUCAAUCAUUUGUUUGAGAAUGAAACCCUACCCGAUGAGCCACUUAGUGGCCAGUCGACUGAUCCAUUGUCCUACGAUUACACUAAGCACAUAUACACCAAGGAUUUGCCCGAGGUGCUGAGCAUGGUGCAGCACUGGCGCAAGCUGCUGGACGACUACACCGCCCAGCAUCCAGAGGAUAGCACUCGUAUAAUGAUGACUGAGGCGUAUGCCGGACUGACUGAGCUCAUGAAUUACUACGAGGACAGCAGCGGGAUAAUGGGCUCACAUUUGCCCUUCAACUUUCAUUUCAUCACGGAUGUGAAUAGGGAAUCGGAUGCCCGUGACUUUGUCUACAAUGUCGAGAAAUGGCUGAUCUAUAUGCCACGCGGGCACGCUGCCAAUUGGGUCAUAGGCAACCACGACAAUCCCCGUGUCGCCUCCCGCUUCGGGUCCGCCAGCGUCGAUGCGAUGAACAUGCUGCUGAUGACGCUACCCGGCGUUGCGGUCACCUACAAUGGCGAGGAGUUGGGCAUGGAGGAUUAUCGCGACAUCAGCUGGAAGGAAACAGUGGAUCCACCAGCACGCAAUGCGGGUGAACUUAAAUUUAAGAUGGUCUCCAGGGAUCCGGUGCGAACACCCUUUCAAUGGAGCAAUGCUACCAAUGCAGGUUUCUCAGAAGCUGCGAAGACCUGGCUGCCCGUGCAUCCAAACUAUCUGGAAAUGAAUCUGGAAGCGCAGCAGCAGGCUGCCAAGAGCCAUUACAGGGUAUACAGAUCACUGAUUGAAUUGCGAAAGUUGCCGAUUUUGAGACGUGGCAAGUUCUCCAUUGAACCCCUAUCCCGGGCAGUCUUUGCCUUUAAGCGCACUCUCAAGGACUACGACACAAUCAUCGUGGUUAUCAAUGUGAGUGGCAAGGAACAGUUGGUAAAUCUGACAGACUUCAUCGAUCGACCGCAGCAACUGAUUGUGGAAGUGGCCGGCGUGGAUUCCAGCUAUGAGCCUGGCGCUUUUAUCUUUUUGGCCAACAAUCGCAGUGUCAGCCAACAAUUGCGACUCUCAGCUUCUGCUGGCAUUGUCUUAACGGAGAAGCAGUGGGGCAUGAGUCCACAGCGUCGCGCUCUGGUUAGGCAGCUCAUCAAGUCAUUCAAUGUGGUGCUGGUGGCGCUGUUAAUGUACAAUUUGUGGCGUCACAAAUGGACUAAAGUGAAUUUCAAUUAGCCAUUUUGAUGUAUUGAGUAUUUUUUCGCGCACACUGAUUGAUUAAUUAAUUAAUAAA